GCUGUGGGGUUUCUCUUGAAUGUUCCCGUUUACUUUUUGCUCGUUUGCUUUUGUAGCCUUCCUCAUCGUUGGUCACAACAUCGCUGUCUACAAGAAGUGGUCCGAAUACCCAUACCAAGACUAAUCAUACACCAACCCCGCCAUGACGACUAUCCAGACACCCCGGCCUCUACCAGUUCCAGAGAAGCAACCCGCAGCACAAGUGUACAUCAAAGACUCGCUGGAUAUCGAGGAACAAAGACUGCUCGUAGAGGCUGCCAGACCGCAUCAGCCAAAGUACAGACCAGACGCAUCCCCAAUAAACUGGGCAUACCCGACACCAGCUACCGGAGACGUCGGGUCAGACCACAUUUCACCUGUGCGGCCGGUGGUAAAAAGAGACAGAGACAAAGACAAAGACAAUGACGAUGACCCGACGUCGUCCCUUUCUAUACCACUUGCAUCGCCUUCUGCCACUUCAGAUGCUCCCAAGCCGCCAAGACCGGGAGAUGCCCAGGCCACACCCACUCCGAGUCUACCACCAAAUUUACCACCAAAUUUACCACCAAAUCUACCAACAGAUUCUUCAACAAACUUCACAAAUUCGGCGCCUACAAAUAUUCCCGCGACCACAUCAGGAGGCGGCGGUCUCAACACGGGAGCCAGCAUCGGGAUAGGCGUGGCAGCAACCUCUAUCAUAGUUCUAUUUGUAGUGCUUGGAUUUUGGUUCCUGAGGCGGCGGAAAUCUUCGAAGCUGUUUAGUGCGGCCAAAGGCGCCUACGACGAGGAGGGCGCUAGCAAGACUGAAAGGCCGGAAGUCUGGGCGCACAUGGCACCACCCCCCGGUGUUGUGGAGAUGGUAGCAGAAAAGCAUGUGCCUGAGCUUGCUAGUCCUGUCGUUCCCGUCGAGAUUAUUGGUGACCAUAGGCAACCCGCGGAACUACCCGGGUGUGCGGUCCCUUCGAGCAGUGAGAAGAAGAAGGAUGGCGAUGAACGUCUCUUUGAUGAUUCACCGAUCGAGCCCGAUAACCGGGCGGAGAUUGAAGCCAGUUUAAUAAAUCGGAAGGAGGUUGGUCCUUGAAGGUCGAAAUCGAGUUAUGAUCCAUGAUACCACUAGCUUAUGAUUGUAGCAGUUUCAUAUGCCAAUGUAUUUUUUAAUAUUCUCGUUCAUCGCGACUUGAUUCCAGGUGGGAUAAACAUCUGAUUUCCAGCCCGCGUUUCCAACCCUUCAAGGAGAUCGACUGCUUGGAAAUAGCACAUUCUGCGGUGGCGAUAUUGGCGAUGCGUAUUGCGGUGAUAAGUCCCAGGAUGAACGUAGCAUCGGGGAGACAUCACCGAGUGUAGUUUCGGGUGAUGAAACUGUGAGGAGCGGGAGACGCCUGUGCGCAGCGUCCGUGGUGGUACUCGAGUCAUUCGACUCAAGUGCUAUGCUCCAUGUCCUCCAUUGCUUGAGCUUCUGC